AUGGGGGGAUGCGCCGCCUCCAGGCUAGGGGCGGGGGAGGAGGACGACGCCGUCGGCAUCUGUAGAGAGAGAAAACGGCUCUUGAAGUCUGCCGUCGACCGGCGGUAUGCUCUGGCAGAUGCCCACAGCAGGUACAUCCACUCUCUCUACACCGUCGCCGGCGCCAUUAGCCUGUUCGUGGCCAGGCACUCCUCCCCCGCUCAUUUUCUCAUCACUCUACCGUCUGCCCCCCCUCCCUCCACCUCCACGGUCUCCGAGCCCUCCUUCCUCCGUCAGACCCCGUCGGAGCCCAAGACGGAGACCGCCGUCUUCAGGUGGUCUCGUUCACCCUCUUCGUCUUCUUCCUCUGCCACCUCGGAGGGCGGGGAAGGGGUCGGGGAUGCUGCCGUUGGGGCAGGGAAAGGGGGAAAUGUGGAGAUGGGUUAUGGGUGUUUCUUCGCGGAAGACCCUCCGCCGCUGCCGUCCCCCAUGAGGACCUUUGGGUGGGACUUCUUCGAUCCGUUCGACAGGGUCAGAGCGGCAGAGGAGGUCUCAGUGAUGGCGGGCCUCCACAGGAGCUCUGAGGAGGACCUCAGAGUGGUGCGGGAGGAAGAGGGCAUACCAGAACUGGAAGAAGAGGUUUUACAGGGGGAGGGCGGCGGAGAAUACAUCAACGACCCCAGCGGAAGGGGGAAGCUGGCGUCCCUGGGCGGCGGCGGCGGAGACGGGAAUGCCAACAGCAGCGAGAUGGUGGGCCGAGCUACGGUGGACGUGGCUGCCACCGACGGGAACACCGAGAAGGCGGAGAAGGGCCUGACUCUGCUCGACACGCCGGCGAGGGACAGGGAGCUGCUCGAGGCCCUGAAGGACAUCGUCGACCACUUCAUCAGGGCUUACGACUCCGGGAAGGAGGUGUCCAGGAUGCUGGAGGCCAACACGCUUGACCCCCAUGCCGGUGUGGAGGAGAAAAAGGGUGAGCUUUAUUUUUUUCCCCCCUUCUUCCUCCUUUCACCCCCCUUUCCCCUUUCUUAAUGGCCGCUAGGGUCCUCCCGUGAGCUCCCUCAAUUAUGUAACUCGUCAACUGCCUCAUGCCCUCAUCUCUUGGCUUCCUCUCUGCGGCGGAGGAGAUGGGGAAGGGCUCGCUCCCUUCUUGUAGCAGCUCUACCUUUUCCUCGAGUCUGGCCGGCCCCCAGAGUCUUCACCAGUUCAUCUCAACCUUCUUUCUCCCUCCCCUUUCCCCAAGAUAAGCAAGGCGCCCAUGGAAAGCUUGAGCUACCUGGGAGUCGAAGUCCUCAUCCAUCAUAUCAUGCUCUAAUGUCACCUUCAGCAGGCUGACGAGUUGAGCACCAGCAUUCGAUCGAAUCCCUCCAGGGAACACGGAAGAAGGCUGAUCGUUUCUUGUGUGAUUUGCUGCUGAUUCUUCCGUUUCGGGUGCAGAGAACUCCUCGAAGCUGGUCCAAGCCAUCGCAUGGCACCGGUCACCUUCUACCCAAUCUUCGUCUUCGUACAAGAGCUUUCUGGCCUCGAGCUCCAGGGACAGUUCGUGGGCCGACGGCAGAAGUAGCCUCUUCGAUGAUUACGGGGGGAUGGCCUCAGGGAGCCAUUCGUUGACCCUCGAGAGAUUAUAUGUCUGGGAGAAGAAACUGUACGAGGAAGUCAAGGUAAUGACGUCUUCAUUAUCCUGCCUCAAUCCUGCUGGUCUAUGAGCAAGAGGUGUUCUGGUCAACGCCGAGAGAUUUUGGCGGCACCUUGAUAGCUUCUGCUUGGUUCAUAUGAGGUUCUGAUUUAUAUAUGCAUUUUCCUUGUUCCCCCUAAGAAAAAAAAUCCCCUUUAUUCUUAGAAUUUGAUGGCUCAAUUGCAUGAGAAAACCCGGCAAACUGAUGAAGAAAAAGGGGAUUUUGGAACCAAAAUAUGGCAAAUUCAGAUAAAUAUAUGUCAUAUUUUAAUAGGUCUUCCGACAUGCAGGCUGGCGAUCGAAUCCGGAGAAUCUACGAACGGAAAUGUUCACAGCUCACGAACCAUAGUGCCAAAGGAGUUGACUCCCGCUCCGUGGAUAAGACCAAGUCCGUGGCCAAAGACAUGUACACAAGAAUAUGGGUAGCCGUGAGGAGUGUGGAGACCAUUUCGCAGAGGAUUCAGAAGCUGAGGGACGAGGAGCUUGAGCCUCAGCUCUUCGAGCUCCUCAAAGGGUAAGUUCCAGCAUGAGCCUCCUCAAAUGCCUGCCCGAGUUGCUAAACGUAGCCCUGCGGUAAUAACGCGUUGACUUUUUAUUCCAUGGAUAGCCUAAUGGAAACCUGGAGAGUUAUGCUGGAAUCCCAUGAAACCCAGAACCAGAUCAUGCUCGAGGUGAAGGCGUUCACUUGCCCGGCGUACGGGAAAUUCUGCACGAACUUGCACCGCACCGCGACUUUCCAGCUCCUCGCCGAGCUUCAGAACUGGCGGGUGUGCUUCCAGUGCUAUCUGACGGCGCAGAAGGCCUACGUGGAGGCCAUCUACGGCUGGCUGUCUAAGUUCAUCGCCCCCGAGGUUGAAUUUUGCUCCCGCGGGAGGGCUACGGCUCCGCCGCACAGAGUCUGCGGGCCCAAGCUCCUCGUCAUCUGCCAGGACUGGUUGACCUCUCUGCAGAAGUUGCCCGAGAAGUCGGUCUCCGGUGCCAUGAAAUCCUUUUGCAAGGAUCUGAGGAUUUUAUGCGCUAAGCAGGACGAAGAGCAGCAGCAGAAGAGGAAGGUCGACAGCCACGCGAAGGAGCUCGACAAGAUGGUUCUCGCCCUCCAGCGGGCGGAGAAUCGCAUUCUGGAGCCGAAGCUCUCGGAGCUGAAGGCGGAGAACGAUGUCUGGCAUCGGGUGGAGGGCUUGGCCGAGAGGAAGGAUCGGUUAGACAUGCUCAGGGCGAAGCUGGAGGCGGAGAAGGCGAAGCACCAUGAGUGCAUGCAGGAUACGCAGAGGGUCGCCCUAAACGGGUUCAAAUCUGGCCUGGCGAACAUCUUCGACGCCCUCACCGACUUCUCCCGAGACUCCCUGAAACUCUACAACACCCUGGCCAUGGUCAACGAGAAGGGGCAGCAGCUGGUAGACGAGGACGGAAAGGAGCCCCCCACGCUCACAGAGGGCAACGAGCCCGAGCCCGACUGCAGAUGA